CCUAGAAUUGGUUUGGCCAGCCUUGAUUUAAAGAGACAGAAGCUGUCGAGGUUUUAGGAGACGGUCCCCAAUACCCUCCCCCCAAGUCCUUGGGACCAGUUGGGUCCCCAGAGCUGGGAGAUGGUUUGUGGUGGCUUUGCCUGCUCCAAGAAUGCGCUGUGCGCUCUCAACGUGGUCUAUAUGUUUUUUCCCAAUAUAGAAGCGAAGGACUACGCUAAGGGUUCCGAUUGUAUGUUUGGAGACUGUUGACCCUGCUCCCCCUCCCAUUCCAGCCUGUCCGACUUCCUUUGAGAAGACUGAUCAAGGAUAUUCCUAGUUCUGAUCGCACCCCCCCUCAUUUACACCCAGAUCGGUUACCCCGUUUUCCCCAAGUUCCUUUGUAUUAGCCUCUGACGGUGCUGCAUGCUAGACUUCUUUGAGAUUACAUGAUCAUCCUUGGUCUGGUCUUCAUCUUCCAGUUUGGAAUCUCUUGUUCAUGCCUGGCUAUUAACCGCAGCAAACAGACAGAUCUCAUCAAUGCUUCUUGGUGGGUCAUGGGCAACAAUACCCGGCAUGAACUGGAAAGAAGUUUUGAUUGUUGUGGCUUGUUCAACCUCACGACCCAGUACCAAGAUGAUGCUUCCUGCAAUGCACUCUGCAAGAACAGAAGCUCCACGUGCCAGAUGUGUGGAGAAAUAUUUCUUAAGCAUUCAGAUGAAGCCCUGAAAAUCCUUGGGGGUGUCGGACUCUUCUUUAGCUUUACAGAGAUCCUUGGUGUUUGGCUAGCAAUGAGAUUUCGGAAUCAAAAGGAUCCUCGAGCUAACCCAAGUGCCUUUCUAUGAGACUUUGGAUCCUUUCAACUUUCCUGCUCUCUCAACUUUUUAUUUCUCCCUUCAGGAAAACCUGGAGUCUAUAUCCUUUUCUGAGAAAAAGGAAAGGCCCUUUGCCACAUGCCCUAAAACUGACGGGUUAGGCCUUGAGAUAUUCUGAUGGGAGUAAGAUUGUGGGGAAUAGAAAGAAAAAUUUCAUCCCUCUCUCCCAGGUGGAUAUGGACAGCUCCUGAGAGUUCGUGGAUAGGGGCUUGAAUCAUUCAUAGCUAUUUCCCUUCUACAUGCUGGACCACUUCAACACACCUGGCCUGGCUCCAAGGAUCAAUCAGGAAUAUAGCCCAGAAAACUACCAAGAACUCUUACAAUAUGUGGGACCCAGUUUGAGGAAGUUCAGUGAAUAUAAAAAACCCAUUUUAUCUCCAUAAUCAAAUAAGCAUCUUAAGUUUCUUUCUAAUCUUCACCAGUGAAGGGGCUCCACUGACUGUCUAGGCCCUGUGUAACUUAGAGAGUCUUUAAGGUUCUGCAGAGAAGUUCCUCCUUUUAAGUAGUUUGUCCAAUCUCCCAACUGCAAGGCCAGAGAAACAUUAAAAAAAAGAAAAAAGACCA